GGGAAGAGUUUUCCUUCUUGUGUGUGUUAAACUUGUGGCAGUCAGCUGUUGGAUGUGCAGUGUUAAAUGUGUGUGAGUGGAUGUUGUGUGUGACUGUGUACCCAGCUCAAUAGGACAACGUGAGAGAUAACUACAGGAGAUUUUCCCAUUUGUUUGGUGCUUUUAUCUAAAGGAAUAGCCUACCGACACCGAUUGUCACGCGCCCCGCUCUCUUGGCUCCCUGUGUUUCAGCUCCGUGCGUUUCUGUGUGCUAGUCCAGCAGGUCUCGAGGUAUCUGGUCAGUGGAGUGAGAAGUAAAUGUGAUCUCCUGAACCGGAGCCUGCAGAAGGAUAACAUGGCCUUAGCUGGGUGUCCGGACUACUUCCUCCUCCAAUCUAACUUCCAGGAAACUGUGGACCGGACUUCCUCCCACAGACCGGACGAUUUGAAUGGUCAAGCGUUUCAACUCUCUGCCCAUCGGAACUCUGACCACCAAGAUGAUGUGGAUCUGGAGGCGUUGGUGAAUGACAUGAACUCCUCUCUGGAGAGUCUCUACUCCAGCUGCAAUACCCACACAGAGACGGCCCCGCUGCUGCACAACAGCCACGUGCACACCCCUCAUCACGGGCACGCUCCUCAUCGGCGCGGCCCUCGCUCCCAGCGCCCUACGCCCCCUAUUCCCCCCUCCUGCCCCCAAGAGAGGCUGUGUCGCUCCCAGCCCGUACACAUCAACGCCUUUAGGAGGCUCCAGGAGGAGCAGCAGCAGUGUCGUCCCUCCUCUCUCCCUGCCAUCAUCAACCCCUUCCCUGAACUCUGCACCCCCACUGGCUCUCCCAUCCUCAGCCUCAUACACACCACAGACAACCAUAUCAUCAAGGUGUACAGUGAGGAUGGAGCAGGGAAGGUGGUGGAGGUGCCGGCUGAUAUGAGGGCCAGAGACGUGUGUCAGCUCCUGGUCUAUAAGAGCCACUGUCUGGACGACAACAGCUGGAGCCUGGUGGAGCAUCACCCACUACUGGGCCUCGAGCGCUGUCUGGAGGACCAUGAGUUAGUGGUUCAGGUUCAAGCCUCUAUGACCAGUGACAGUAAAUUCCUCUUCAGGAAGAACUAUGCCAAGUAUGAAUUCUUCAGGAACCCCCUGAACUUCUUUCCGGAGCAGAUGGUGGCAUGGUGUCAGGUAUCUAACGGCUCCAUCCCCCAGUCACAGCUCUCACAGAACUUCCUGAACUCCAGCAGCUGUCCGGAGGUGCAGGGGUUCCUCUAUCUGAAGGAGUCUGGCAGGAAGUCCUGGAAGAGACUCUCCAUGUUCCUCAGACGCUCUGGACUCUACUACUCCACUAAAGGAUCCUCCAAGGAGCCCAGACACCUCCAGUUGUUGUCAGACCUGGAGGACAGUAGUGUGUUCACAGUGACAACAGGGAGGAAGCUGCACAACGCCCCCACUGAUUACCAGUUCUGUAUCAAGCCCAGUAAGGUGAGGAGUGAGUGUAAGGAGCUGAGGAUGCUGUGCGCCGAAGAUGAACAGAGCAGAACCUGCUGGAUGACUGCCUUCAGAUUGUUAAAGUAUGGGAUAUUACUGUAUCAGAACUACAAGAGUCCCCAGCAGCGGAAGUCUCCUGUCUCACACUUCUCUACUCCUGUGAGGAGUGUGUCUGAGAACUCUCUGGUGGCCAUGGACUUCUCUGGCAGGACAGGACGCGUCAUAGAGAACCCUCUGGAAGCACAGAGCGCCGCGGUGGAGGAGGGACAGACGUGGAGGAAACGGGGUCACCGUAUGAAUGCUCUGGGCAGCCCCAGCCUCCUCCACCCAUCUUCUCUCAGCUCAGUGAUCCACAGAACACAGCUAUGGUUCCAUGGUCGCAUCAUUAGAGAAGAGUCGCACAAGAUGAUCAUGCAACAAGGACAAGUAGACGGGUUGUUCCUGCUGAGAGACAGUCAAAGUAACCCCAAGGCGUUUGUCCUGACCUUGUGCCACCACCAGAAGAUCAGACACUUCCAGAUCCUACCGUGUGAAGAGGAAGGUCAGAUGUUGUUCAGUUUGGAUGAUGGCUCCACCAAGUUCACAGACCUGAUCCACCUGGUGGAGUUCUACCAGCUCAACAGAGGGGUGCUGCCCUGCAAGCUCAAACAUCCCUGUACCGCCGUGGCCUUGUGACCCUUCACCCCUGACCUCUGACCCGUGUACCAUACGCCUGCCCUCUGGUCUCACUACACUACCCUCUGUCUGCAGUUAAAUUCUCUACCCUUUGUUCACUAGGUCGUCAAGUGUGCACUUAUUCACUCAUUCCUUGUGGAUUUAAAAGGAAAGGAGUGUUGGAAGCUGAUGGUACAUGCUUAGUUACACCAAUGCUUUUAAAAUGCAUGAGGGGUAGUGAACAAUUGCACACUUUGGGGGGAGGGGUGGGGAAUUGGAAAGUGGCCACACAGAUAGAUAAAUCGACAGACAAACAGACAUGUGGUGUACUAUAGUGAUCUGUGGAAAUCUGUGGAUCCAACCAAGCCCCUGUUUCCUCCUCCUUUACCCACCUCAGACAGACGAUAGACAUGGGGCUUGUUUCCCCGCACUUCUUUAUUGAUCAUCAGGGAUCGAAUCGAUCACAACGAUUGACCAUAUGUAAAAAUCAACCUGUGCAGUCCAGUCUUUAUAAGCUGAUCACCUGAUGCUUCAUGCUGCCUACUGGCUGACGUUGCCUUGGGGGCAUCCUGAAGCGUGACGUUGCCUGGGGGGCAUCCUGAAGCGUGACGUUGCCUUGGGGGCAUCCUGAAGCGUGACGUUGCCUGGGGGGGCAUCCUGAAGCGUGACGUUGCCUGGGGGGCAUCCUGAAACGUGACGUUGCCUGGGGGCAUCAUGCCCUUCCUCUGCUUUCCUUAUUGGACCAACCAUCUCACUCUAUCUACGAUACUUUAUACACGGCCACUAGGAAAAAAAGAACACAGAACAAAAACAAACUGUGUUGGACGUUUGUUUGAAAUGGCAGAUGAUUGUUUGAGAUGUGGACUUCCCUGUCAGAGCUGAUGACGUUGCGAUGAUGUGGUAAUACUGUUGCAGAACUAUUUGCACUUCUGAACAGACAGCCUACAGUUCUCUUGUAAACUGAAUGAAGCUGAAUGCUCCUUCUCAACCUGCUCUUCCUCCUCUCUUUCUGCUCCUCAUGUCCUACUCUUCCUCCUCUUUCUUGUCCUGCUCUU